AAGAUGCGCCACCCACCACAGCAUUCUGCCACAAGAUGGCACUGGUCUGAAGAGCCAGCAGCCUGAGGCUAUGAGGAGAGCUCCACCAGGAGGCAGACAUUCCUCAGCUGGCGGCUCAGCCCAGUGACACACCACACUGGACCUAGUCUUCAGAAGAGCCAAGUCUUCAGAAGGUUGCUGGCCCUAGAUCUCUCCCUAGUGACUCAUGAUGCUGAAUCCUACACUUCUGUGAUUGGUUUACCCAAAAUGACAAGGGCAACUAUUGGAGAUGAACUGGCAAAACAUAAUCUAAGACUACUCUCUGGGGGAGGGAGUUGGAGACCUGGGUCUGCCUGUUGGUAGCACUACCUACUGUGUGGUGUGAAGAUAUGGAUCAUGAGCAGAGCCAGGGAGCUACGCUGCUUCAGCUGCUAAGGCUUCUGUGGCUGCUGCCCCACUCCUGGGCCACCCCUGCAGCUCCUGCUCCACUGUGGCGGGAUGACCUGCAAAACCACACAUUCCGACACACUGUGUUCUGCCAGGAUGGGAGUCCCAGCAUAGGGCUCACUGAGACCUACGACGAAGACUUGCUUUUCUCCUUCGACUUUUCCCGGAAUACUCGGGUGCCCCGUCUCCCUGAAUUUGCUGACUGGGCUCAGGAUCAAAGAGAUGCCUCUGCCAUUGUAUUCGACAAAGGAUUCUGUGAAGCAAUGAUUGAGAAAAUAGGCCCCCAACUUGAAGGGCAAAUCCCAGUGUCCAGAGGUUACCCUGUUGCUGAGGUGUUCACAAUGAAGCCCCUGGAGUUUGGCAAACCCAACACGCUGGUCUGCUUUAUCAGUAAUCUCUUCCCGCCCACGUUGACGGUGAACUGGCAGCAUAAUUCGGUCCCUGUGGAAGGAGUUGGGCCCACUUUUGUCUCAGCUAUGGAUGGACUCACCUUCCAGGCCUUUUCUUAUUUAAACUUCACACCGGAACCCUAUGACCUUUUCUCCUGCAUCGUGACUCACGAAAUUGACCGCCACACAACAUUUGCCUAUUGGGUGCCCCAGAAUGCCUUGCCUUCAGAUUUCCUGGAGAAUGUGCUGUGUGGCAUAGCCUUUGUCCUGGGCGUGCUGGGCAUCGUUGUGGGCACUGUCCUCAUCAUCUAUUUCCGGAAGCCUUGCUCAGGUGACUGAUUCUUUUUGAUCGGAGUUUGAUGCCAACACCUUCAGCCAUUCAAGCAGGGGAUCCUCAGGUUUCUCACAUCCUGCCCAAGAUCUUUCCUCAGAACAGAAGUCCCUGGGACUCUCCUGGGGAGUGUGCAUGUAGGUUUUUCAGCCGGAGGCUCUGCUGUUCCUGAGUUUGCAUCCAGAGGAGCCCAGAGUGGCCUGUCACAACGACACCUUCUUACUUCAGGCAAUAAAUCUCAGAUUAUUUUUAUCA